AUGGAGGCGGCUCCGGCGGCCCAGGACGACGAGCCGUGGCCGGAGCUGGCGGACGCCGGGCGGCGCGAGCUGAGCCUGGAGGCCGGGCCGGAGCUGGAGCGCCGCGUGGCAGCGUCGGGGGGCCGCUUGCCGUCGUCGCUGGGCGCGCUGGGCGCGUCGCUGCGCUCGCUGGAGGUGCGGGGCGGCUGCGCGGCCUUGCGGGAGCCCGGGCCGGCCUUGGCCCGCCUGACGGGGCUGCAGACGCUGGCGCUGCCGGGCUGCGGGCUGGGCCCGGCGGGGAUGGACCGGGCCGGGCGCCUGCUGGCGGCCACGCUGCGCACCCUCGACCUCUCCGGCAACGCGCUCGAGCAGCUGCCGCCGGAGCUGGGCGGCCAGGGGCCCGAGGGGGACCCCCCCGCCGCCCCCGCCGCCCUGCCGGAGCUGCGCCUGCUCAACCUGCGCCGCAACCGCCUGCGCGCCCUGGGGCCCGGCCUGGCCCGCGCCGCGCCCGCCCUGCAGGAGCUGCUCCUGGGCGGCAACCGCCUGCGCGCCCUCCCGGGGGGGCUGCUGCCGCCCGACCCCGACCCCGACGCCGCCUGCGACCGGCGCCGCGCGGGGCCCCCGCUGGCCCUGCUGGGCGUCCUCGAGGCCGCGGGCAACGAGCUGCAGGAGCUGGGCCCCGACAUCGCCCGCCUGGCCGGGCUCAAGAGCUUGGAUGUCUCCAAUAACAAACUAUCCGAAAUCCCCGUGGAGUUGGCUGACUGUCCAAAGCUGAAGGACGUCAACUUGAAAGGGAACGCUCUCAGAGACAAACGGCUUGAAAAGAUGGUGAACGGCUGCCAGACGAAAUCCAUCUUGGAGUAUUUGCGCGUCGGAGGCCGAGGGGGUGGCAAAGGGAAAGGGAAACCAGAUGGCGCUGAGAGGGAGGAGCCGAGGAAGAAGAAGAAAGAGAAGAACAGGAAGAAAGCCGGCAGCGAUGCUGAGGAGGAGGUGGACGAGACCCAGAGGCUGUUGGUGAAGGUUCUUCACAUCUCUGAGAAUCCGGCACCUGUGGUCAUAAAAGCCAGCCCCGGCGUCAAAGAUGUCCGCCCGUAUAUUGUAUGUUGCGUGGUGAAAGGCAUGAAUUUCAACCCAGGCAAUGCUUUGAAGAGGUUCCUUUCCACUCAGACCAAACUCCACGAGGACGUCUGCGAGAAGCGAACGGCGGCCACGAUCGCCACACAUGACUUGCGACUGGUGAAAGGCCCUCUUCUUUACGAUGCCCGCCCUCCGGAGGAUUUGAAGAUCAUCCCCUUGGGCCGGAAGGAAGUUAAGGCGAAGGACCUCCUCCGGCAGCUGCAGUCCGAAGCUGAGGAGCAGCGAAAACAGAAGAAGAGGCAGAAUAUCUCUGGGUUGCACAAGUACCUCCAGUUACUAAAUGGGAAAGAGCGUUACCCCUGCCUGGUUGACGCUGAAGGCGCUGUGAUUUCUUUCCCACCAAUCACAAACAGCGACAAGACAAAGCUUGGGAAAACAACCUCCGAUCUCCUUCUGGAAGUGACCAGUGCCACGAGCCUGCAAACCUGCAAGGACGUGAUGGACAUCCUAAUUCUGAAAAUGGCGGAGCUGAACAAGGCCACUUUGGAGAAUAAGGAUGGGGAAUUGGGUUCCGAUCACGAAUCGAACGAGAUUGUCCGGCCCGAAAAUUCAACCCCCGAAGGCGUUUCCCAGAACUCCCCUCCUCUAAUGUUGGAACAAGUUCGGGUUGUGGACCUGGACGGGAAUUUAAAAGUCCUUUAUCCUUCGAAAACUGAUCUCAUCACAGUCUCGUCUCUCGUGACUGUCAUUCAUUAAGCGCCUUCGGUUUUCUCUUCUUGUCCUGGGCAUGUUAUACAGCGUUUGUAAACGGCAACCUCACUUUGCAACUUUUUUUUUAAAAACGUGAACAAGAAGAUAUCUACCACCUCUGCUUUGGGGGGGGAACGGUUCGGCUGACUGUUAACGGUGCAGGAUUUUGUGGUCUUGAGAGAGACUCAAACGCCGGCUUGGUUAAUAAAACAUGAACCACCUCCCAAACCUGGGCUCACUAUAGACUUACCUUGAGUGAAGGUGCUGAAUUGUAUUUAUUUUAACGGAACACACUAAUACCUGUACUGCACAGUGAAUCUCCAAUCUUCACCUGGACGUAACCAUACCAUGGUGUGCGGCUCUGGUCAGCGGCUAACAGGAGGAAUCGGAACGGUUGGGACUACACACACACACGCACACCAUUCCUGCACCAACUGAGAUGCCAGUGACGGGUUUUCUUAACUCCUUCCUCCCCAGUGUGGACAGCAGAGGUCUGCAAAGAGCACCCCUCUUCUGCUUUUGGAUUUGAAGCGCCUUAUUCCCACAUCUUCCUGAGGUGUGGAAAGGGGGCCUGUGGUCCAUCUCUGCAGGGCUGAAUGGAGGGAGACCCUUUUUGGUUGUGACUCAGCUAGUCCUGGUGAAAUAACGGUGCAGGCCGGGAGGUUCCCUGGGCUUGAAGAUUAUGGUAUGUGUCAGGUGGGAAACUUGCGUGGGUUGGAAGUUGACCCCCACCCCAGGUAAGCCUUCCCCAACCUGGUGCCCUUAAGAUUUUUUGGAUUCCAAUUCCCAUCAUUUCCAGCCAGUAUGGCCGAUGGUCCGGAAUGCUGGGAUUUGGGAUACAGCCAGUCAGGAAAGGGUGCUCCAGGUCAUUGCAUGCUUUCCCUCAGUCUGGUGCCCUCCAGGCCACAACUCCCAUCAUGCUGGCUGGGUCUGAUGGGAGUCGUAACCCAAAAGACGUGGAGGGCACCAAGUUAGGUCUUUUCAAAAGCAGAUAGGGAUUUGGGGAAGGGGAGGUUCACUGUUGAAGAAAAAGGCACACACAAAAAAAUCCCCCUGGGUAUGCUUGAUCCCUUCGGCGGUGCCUAAAAUACCUCUUUGCAUCAUGGCCUAAGUUUCUAGCCCUCAGCGAUCACGUGGACGAACUUCAAAAUGUAACAGCCCAAGUCAUGCCAAAAGAGUACAAAUAAAGCAGCAAAUAUAAAGUC